CUGAUCGACUGUCGACUGGAAAAAAUUUACCAAAAGGCGGCGUGAUAAUUCAACGAUUGAAUUCGAUUAAAUUUAUGAAUUAAAAGUUUUCUGAAAAUCUAUCAUUAGUUCUAAUUAUUUUAUUGUACAGGAAAUGGCUUUAAAUCUGAUCAAACAGAUUGCAGUGAUUGGACAACGUUUACUCGCAACAAAAACUUUAUCGGCAAAAUUUUACACUGGAAGUCUGUACGAGCCAGAUUAUUUAGAGACAGGAAAAUCAGAAUUUCCGCUUUUACCUACGAUAAAUAUACAAAUCAAAGGUUAUGAUUAUCCUGUGCUCGAAUGUUAUCAGUCUUUCAUACACAAAUUAGCGGAUGUCAUACAAAUCGACAUAGACAACAGCUGGCCGUUAGCACCUCAAGAAUUCAUGAUUCAGAAGCAUAAAACUGGAACGACAACAAUUGUGUCCAAGUAUUAUCUCAAAAUUUAUGAAAGAAAUAUACAAAUGUCAGAAGUAUCGUCUGUAAAAUGCUCAGUAUUAAUCAGAGCAUUAGAGGCAGCUUUACCACAAGGUGUUACUUUAAAUAUAAACAUUUAUGACCCUACAUUAGAAGAGAAGCGAUAUGUACCAGACAAAGCAUUGAUUGAUUUGAAAUCAACGCUAGAUACAUUAAAAAAAUAAAACUUAAAUAUAUGUUGUUGCGAUUAAUAUAUUAUUUGUAAGUGCAAAUAAUACUUGUACAUAUUCUUACAAAAAUAGCAUCUCUUUCCAAGCAUGUAAAAUUUUUAAAUAGUAAAAA